ACAACGGUAUUGCGUUGACAAUAAAUGUAUAGAUAACACUUUCUAAUUUAUACACUUGUUUUGUAAUGGUAUUUUGUUGUUAAAUAAUAUUUUACACGAAUAUUAACAAUGGGUAUGCGUAACCCAAGAUUACCUUUAUUACCCGGAUAUGGAAGCAAUAGACUCAUUGGAAAAAAAGGUUUCGGCGUCCGUCCAAUUUUCACGAGUGUCGACAAAGUCAAUAUGUUGGUUGAUAAAGCGGCGGACACGAAUCGCGUACCCUCUUUCUAUGCUCGCAAGCAGGCCCCCGAGCUACCCACAUGGAUAAUGUACGACAAAAAUAUACUCAGAUUUCAAGGAUAUUAUCAAGAAAGUCUUCACGAAAUGCGCUCUGCUAUUCGUGUAGUGCAUAAAUUGGAUAUCUUCUUUUUUCUCGAAGACGGAACCAUUAAAGUAAUGGAACCUAGAACAGAUAAUAGUGGAUUUUCACAAGGGACAUUAAUAACGCGGCAAAGAAUUCGACUCCCGCACAGUUACGAUUUAUACUAUGAUAUCCUUGAUCUAAAUGUUGGGAGGGAUGUAACGUUUUACGGUAAAAUAAUUAAGAUUAUAAACUGCGAUCACUAUACAAGAUAUUUCUUAAAUCGUCUCGGAAUCAAUGUACCGGAUCCAAUACCAUGGCCUGAUAGUUUGGAUAGAGCGCCCUCUACUGGUAAACCACCGAAGCAUAGACCUUUUAGGCAAUUUUUAGACCAUGACAGAGAAGUUUUACGAUUCUUUGGAUACUGGGACGACCGAGAAACACAGUUUGGGACAGUCCAUAAUUUGGAGAUACAUUAUUUCUUAGCAGAUGACACUAUGGAGAUAAAAGAGAAGUUACCGCCCAAUUCUGGCGUUGAAGCUGCGCCGAUGUUCUUGAAAAGAAUGCGUUUACCCAGGAAAAUUCCACCGCACGUUGAGAUGACUGGAGGGCCUAAACAUCCAUCUUACUCCCCCGCUGAUCUCAGUGUUGGAGCGGUGCUGAAUGUAUUCGGGAGGAAAGUGGUACUGACCGACUGCGAUCCUUUCACUAAAGAAUUUUAUCGAGUUACUUAUGGAUUUGAUAAUUUCAAUCCACUACCUACGCCCGAAGACCGGGGGGUAUGCCUUAGUGCUAAUAUGGCGGAACGAAAAUUACCGCCGUGGAAUGGUUACGGAUCCUACGAGGACUCCGCAGAGAACUGUCGUACUGUAGAACCUAAAGCACCACAUAGAGAUUUUAUUAAAUUUCUACAUAAGGACAGAGUUGGCUUCGAUUCCCAUAUCUUACGUUUCGCUGCGCGACUCAUCAGUGACAAUUCUGUUGAUGGUAGAAGAUAUUUUAUUGUGCUCUAUUAUUUAUGCGACGAUACGAUAUCUGUGUAUGAACUAGGCGAAAGAAACUCUGGCUUUUUGGGCGGGAAAUUCUUUCGUCGUAACAAGAUGUAUUUGCCAGAUGUGGACUUUUUCGUGUCCAAAGAGCCCCCUGCUUAUACGGAUAAGGACAUGUGGAUCGGCAAUGAGCUGGUCAUUAACAAACAUCGGUUCCGACUUACUGCCGCUGAUGAGUACGCCUUGAGAUAUAUGGAACUUCAUGCUAAUGAGUAUCCUAUGGCUAAUAUUGCAUUAAUAAUGGACAAAAUAAGACGAGCUUUGGUGUCUGAAGAAAAUGGCUACAAGAACUUCGUCGCGAAGUAUAUGGAAGCCGUAGUGCCAGAUAACAAGGAGCUAAUGUCUGUUAAAUGUUUCAAACAGGCAUUAAAGGAAAUUAUGUGCGAAAAGAUGACAGAACACGAAUUUAUUACAAUUAUUAGACAUUUCCGUGGCGAUCCAGGGAAAGAGGAAAGUCAUCGGCGAGAGAUGAUAAGGUCAUUAGUAUUUACAGAGUUGACCCGUGGUCUGUGGGACGACAGGGACAGACUCCGGGAAGGAUUAUUACACGCUGAUGAGAUGGGUCUCGGCGCUCUCCCCUUGUCUCGCAUGAGGCAACUCUUACUCGCGCAUAGGCUGCCCAUCAACACAGACCUUAUGGAUUGUAUGUUGGAAAUGCUGAGUAAAGAUGAGAAUUGUAAUAUUUUCUAUGAAGAUUUGAUGAAAUUCCUUGACUUUCAAACACGACCAGUGGUCAAUUUGAGUGACGCUGAGUUUGCUAAAGCAGUCCGUCAUGCGCCACCUUUAAAAGAUGUAGAGUGCAAAUUUUGGGCGGAACAGGAAAUGAUUAUUAAAGAGGGUUACGUAAAUUGGAACGCUUUCCUUUGCCAGUUAAAUUUGGAACACGUUGUUAAAUCUUAACCGUAUUAUAGGUUUUGAGUUUGUUUUACUUAUAACUAUUUAGACGGAAUUUAUUUUUAAAGUUUUUUUGUAAUAUUAUUUGGCAAA